AACGGCAAUCAUUUGCUGACAAAAGAAAGAGGCAGAGGAUGCGUCAAAACUCGUAAACUCAGGAGUGAUGGGGCGUGUUCUAUAUAUGUAAUCAAUUAAAGUUAAGAAUGGAUAAAUAAUUCAUAAAAAAACUAUUAAGGAACAGGUUGGUCGGUAUAGACAUAUAAACCAUAGGGAACGAAAGACUGGAGAACAGUCAGUGGCCACUGCUCUGCACAGAAAGAAGUCAUGGAAAUGUCCUCCUUAAUCAGCACUCUGCUCUUGCUGCACUUAGGCAUCUCUGAAGUAACCAUUUUUGCAGCAGAAUGCGGAAUACCUCAGUGGACAGGCCGCAUCGUUGGGGGCAAAAAUUCACAGCCCGGUAGCUGGCCGUGGCAAGUGAGUUUGUGGGCCAGAGGCCAACACAUCUGUGGCGGAACCUUGAUCAACAACAAGUGGGUGGUUACUGCAGCUCACUGCUUCAUUGAAAACAGCCUGACGGCCGAGUCAAUCACCGUUUAUCUAGGCUCUUACAAACUCACAGAGAAAGAUCCUGAGGAAAUUUCUGUCGGAGUGGCCAAAAUCAUCAACUAUCCCACGUACCGGAGAGAGUCAGACAGCGGGGAUAUCAGCCUCGUGGAGCUUUCCAGCAGGGUGAACUUCACCAAGCACAUCUGGCCCAUUUGUCUACCUGCAUCCAGAGUGAUCUUCCCAACGGGCCUUCAAUGCUGGGUGACUGGCUGGGGCCAAAUCAAGGGGGGCCUUAACCAGUCAUUGGUGGAGAUUCUACAGGAAGUGGCGGUGCCUUUGAUUGACUCAGAGAAGUGCAACCAGUUAUAUAACACCAAAAAUCCACAGGGCGCUUUUACGGCACGCAUAAAAAAUGACAUGAUAUGCGCAGGUUACAUCAAGGGUGGAAAAGCCUCCUGUCAGGGUGACUCUGGAGGGCCGGUAGUGUGCCAGGAGGGCAAGCGUUGGUACUUGGCUGGGGUGGUGAGUUUCGGGGCAGGAUGCGCCCUACUGUACCGCCCCGGGGUAAACACCUUGGUGACUGCGUAUGUGGACUGGAUUAAGUCAAAAGUUCCCGACGUCUCUGCCAAUAUCCGGAACGUGAUAUUUACAUCCCGCUUGGUUUCCAUUAUUAGCGCGGCACCCGCUGCUCUCUUUCCUACUAUCUGCAUCCCCUUUGUACUCUCCCUGCUGCUCAGCCAAUAAAGAGGAUCCUCAUUUACUUUUGCCGUCUCGUUUCACUGUACAGAGAAUAAUACUAGUAAAUCCCAAUGAACCUCUAAAA